AUGGAGAACCUUAGAGAAAUUGAGAAGUCUUUAAACAUUUCUUAUCAUAUGAUGAAUUUUGACAUCAAAAAGUGCUGCCGUUCGCCGGGCGUGGGCUUGACCGCCGCCUCGCCCACCGGGGCCCCCACCACCACCGCCCCCGAGCAGAACAAGUGCCCCGCCAACCUGUGGACGGUGGACCGGCUGCCCGAGCACUUCGACCCCGAGUACCGCCUGCGCCGGGACGUCUUCCCGCAGCACUACGACGUCAGCAUCGACAUCAACAUCGGCGAUGGCGGCAAGUUCGACUUCGCGGGCCACGUCGACAUUUUGGUGGAGGCGACGGAGCCGACGAACAAGAUCUAUCUGCACUCGCUGGACCUGGAGGUGGAGCCCGUCCGCGUGGUGGAGGCCGAGGGUGAGCGCGAGGUGCCCGUGCAGGCCCAGAGCCUCAACGUGGAGAUGGAGCAGCUGCGCAUCGAGCUCGGAGACAAGCUGGCGCCGCACAAGAAGUACGUCGUCAAGGUGGCCUUCAAGGGCAAGCUCGGCGACGACCUCCACGGCCUGUACAGGUCGUCCUACCUGGACGAGGCCACCAACACCAAGAGGUGGCUGGCGGUGACGCAGUUCGAGGCGACGUACGCUCGCAGGGCCUUCCCCUGCUUCGACGAGCCCGAGUUCAAGGCCACCUUCACCAUCGACAUCGGCCACAACUCGGCGCUCACCGCGCUCAGCAACAUGCCGGCCUCCAAGACCGGGCCCCACGCCUCCAUCAAGGGCUUCAACCACACCUACUUCCCCAAGACCGUGCCCAUGUCCACCUACCUUGUGGCCGUCGUCGUGUCCGACUUCUACGUCACCAAGUCCGAGCACUCGGAGGGCCACGCCGACGUGGCCAUCUGGGGCCGCCGCGACGCCGCCGGCCAGAUGGCGUACGCCAGGGACAUCGCCCCCAAGGCCCUGGCCUUCUUCGAGGAGUACUUCGACAUCAAGUACCCGCUGCCCAAGCAGGACAUGGUGGCCAUCCCAGACUUCAGUGCGGGUGCCAUGGAGAACUGGGGCCUCAUCACGUACAGGGAGGCCCAGCUGCUGUACGACCCCGCCGUGUCGUCGCAGUCGUCCAAGGCGCACGUGGCCAACACGGUGGUGCACGAGCUGGCCCACCAGUGGUUCGGCAACCUGGUCACCAUGAAGUGGUGGUCCGACCUGUGGCUCAACGAGGGCUUCGCCACGUACAUGGCGGCGCUGGGCACGGCGCACCUGCACCCGGACUGGCGCCUCAUGGAGGACACGGCCGUGUCGCAGGCCCUGAGCGUGCUGCCGCUAGACGCCCUGGAGUCCACGCACCCCGUGGUGCGGCCCAUCGAGCACGGCCGCCAGAUCUCGCAGAGCUUCGACACCAUCACGUACCGCAAGGGCUCGGCGCUGCUGCGCAUGAUCCACUCGUUCCUGGGCGAGAAGGCCUUCAAGCAGGGCGUGUCCCGCUACCUCAAGCAGCACGCGUACGGCAACGCGGAGCAGGACGACCUGUGGGAGCGGCUGACUGAGGAGGCUCACCGCGAGGGCUCGCUGCCCGCCUGCCUCACCGUCAAGCGCGUCAUGGACACGUGGACGGUGCAGAGCGGCUUCCCCGUCGUCACCGUGCGCCGCGACUACGACAAGAACACCGCCAACGUCACGCAGGAGCGCUUCUUCUCCAGCAAGAAGCACUCGGCCGAGGAGUGCUGGUACGUGCCACUGAGCUUCAUCGCGGCGCCGGACGCCGCCAAGACGGCCAAGGCGCUGAAGGACGCCGCCGACUCCGCGACCCACGCGCCGCAGGAGUGGCUGCGCUGCCAGCGCGACGAGGCCGGCCAGAUCGGCCAGACCGUGGCGGGGCUGCCCGCCAAGGACAAGUGGGUGCUGUUCAACGUCAACAUGGGCGGCGCCUACCGCGUGCAGUACGACGAGGAGAACUGGCGGCUGCUGGCCGCGGCGCUGGCCGACCCCAAGCAGCGCAACGCCAUCGGCGUCGUCGGCAGGGCGCAGGUGCUCGACGACGCGUUCGAGCUGGCGCAGACCGACCGCCUCAAGUACGCCGUGCCGCUUGAGCUGGUGAGCAGCCUGCACCUGGAGGAGGAGUACCAGCCCUGGCGCGUCGCCCUCGGCGCCCUCAGCCGCAUCGACAACCUGCUGCGCAACGACUUGUACUACGACUUCUUCAGGGAAUGGGUGAGCCAAAUCCUGCGGCCGGUGUUCGAGAAGCAGGGCCGCAUCCGGGACGCCGUCACUGACUUCACGGCCAGCAAGCUCAAGAACCUCAUCACCAGCUGGUCCUGCAAGAUGGAGGUGGGCGACUGCCUGGAGCAGACGAGGGAACUGUUCGCGCAGUGGCGCGCCACCCCGGACCCCGAGAAGAACAACCCGAUCCCCCAGGACCAGCGCUCGCUCGUGUACUGCUACGCCAUCCGCCACGGCAAGUCCGAGGACUGGAUCUGGCUGUGGGACCGCUACCUCAAGUCCAACGUGGCCUCGGCGCGCGUCACCAUCCUCAGCGCCCUGGGCUGCUCGCGCGACCACUGGGUGCUGCGCAGGUACCUGGAGUGGGGCAUCAACGAGGCCUCCGGCGUGCGCCUCCAGGACUCGUUCUACGUGUUCUCCGCCGUGGCCAGCACCGAGGCGGGCUACCCCCUCGCCAGGGACUUCCUAUACCGACGCACCAAGGCCAUCGCCAAGCACUACGGGACCAGCACCACCAGGAUCGGCCGCUACGUGUCGUCGAUAGCGAACCGCAUGAACACCGAGGAAGAAUACCAGCAGCUUGUCGAGUACACCAAGAAGAACAGCGACUACCUGACGCACGCCGACCAGGCCGUGAAGCAGGGCCUGGAGAACGCGCGCAACAACGUGCAGUGGCGGCUGGGGCACGCCGACGAGGUCUACAAGAUGAUCCAGGCCGCCCUGGGUGGCGAGGGCAGUGAGACCUUGCUCAGCGUGGUGACCGACUCUGUCUGAGGGGAGGGGGCCUUCCCUGGCCGGGCGUCACGUUGCCCUGAGCCAUGAGUGCCGCGGCAGCCGAGGGCCUGGAGUCCUAGAGCAGGUGGGGCUGGGCUAGAGUAGUGACCCUGUACGGAGGGAGAAGAAGGGACAUGAGCGGUGGCCGGCCGGCCGGCCCAGCGGGUCGUACGUACCCCCUCAGCUACGCUCAGCCAGCUGUGAUUCUACUGUGACUGAACUGUGAUUCCGUUGACGUUGACGUGUGCCAUCAGCCCUAUCGUUAUCGUCCUCUCCGUGAGUAAAAGGCGCCAACGCCCAGCAGAGCCCCCAUAUUUUGUUACGUUUUGUACUGAGUGCGUCACAAGUAUGUUUUGAUGAAGAUGUGUCUUUCAAGGGCCAUGUCACCGAUCGGCCGGGCGAAAAUCUUGAACGCGAAUACAAUAAAUUAUUGUAAUUACAAAGCGAA